UGUAAAAAAUGGAUAUUGUGGUGGUGUAAAGAUUAUUUUGAUUCUAUAGUGAAGUUUAUCAUAACCUACGAUUUAUUCUGCAGGCCACCUCCAAAAAGAAGACUAGGAAGUUGAGAGGACACGUGAGCCAUGGCCACGGUCGUAUUGGCAAGCACCGCAAGCACCCUGGAGGUCGCGGUAACGCCGGUGGUGAGCACCACCACAGAAUCAACAUGGACAAGUACCACCCUGGAUACUUCGGCAAGUUGGGCAUGAGGAACUACCAUCUUAGACGGAACAAGAUCUUCUGCCCCGUCCUUAACCUGGACAAGCUGUGGACCCUGGUGUCAGAGCAGUCGCGUCUCAAGCACGCUAAUGCCACCGACGGCAAGGUGCCUGUCAUCAACAUAGUUAAGGCUGGUUACCACAAGCUGCUCGGCAAAGGCAAGCUCCCCAAGCAGCCCGUGAUCGUCAAGGCGAAGUUCUUCUCGAAAACGGCAGAACAGAAGAUCAAGGACGUCGGAGGCGUUUGCGUCUUGUCUGCGUAAUUUAAGUAUACAAUAAAAUUCCAUUAAAAA